GCUUAAGCGGGUUGUUAUUUAUGAAUAAUUAUUAUCGAACGGUUUAACUUGUUUAAUUUGCUGAAAAUUCUUGAAUAAGAAUUUUGGAUAUUGAGAUUUGAAUGGAUUAUUGACAAGUUUAGGAUAUUUUAACACAGUUUAGAAGAACCCAUAGUUGCUAGAGCUAGUUUCCGUAGAAACGUAAAUCACAACCAACAGUUAUGGUGGACUUCCAAUCGCAUUUCCGUAUGUACGGACACGGGUAUACGAGCCCAGAUCUGAGGGCACCCGUCUCCAAAAGAAGAGAAGAAAAUCACCACUUGGCGCAAAUACUCUUUCAUCGUCGACCUACAGUGACGGUUUGGGAGCUCCCGUCACACGACUGUCGAAUAAACAUGAUAAAAGACCACGAGGGUAGAAACGACUGGGAGGCGUGGCUUCUGUCACAUGGUCUAUCCGCCACGUGCCGCAGUGUUGAUGACAUGCACUACAAAGAAAUCGUUGAUCCGUUAGAACGAAAACCAGAUAAGCUGUUAACUACAGUUGGUCUUCGUGGAACUUUGGACGGUGACUUUGUAUAUCCUCGUGGAUUAACUGUUACAGCCGAUGGUUACAUCAUUGUCGCUGACUCGGGAAAUAACAGGAUACAAGUUAUAAGUAAUUUCGGUGUUUUUAUGAAAAAGUUCGGUAAGAAAGGCAAGAAAGAAGGUGAAUUUGAUGAACCAACUGGUGUUACCGAGUUGCCAAAUGGUGAUAUUGCCGUUGCUGAUAAAAACAACAAACGGGUCCAAGUGUUUUCAGAAUCAUACGAGUUUAAAUAUCAAUUUCCAACCUCGAACAAGCCGUACUGCAUUGCAAGUGACAGGAACUUUAAUAUAGUAGUGUCUACAGUUGACAGAGGUGUGGAAGUGUACAGAAGAACGGGUAAAUUGUUACACAAGUUUCGACUAGCUGGACGAUCUAGAGGUCCAAGUGGACUUCCUAUCUGUGUAAACGAAAAGGAAGAGGUGAUUGUUUGCGAUCCUCUCGAAUGUUUGAUAAAAAUGUUCACGUAUUCUGGAAAAUUGCUUUACAAGUUUCAGCCGACGUCAAACAAAGAAGGCUUAUCAGUUAUUCCCAGCGGUAUAACAAUCACACCUCUUGAUCAGAUUGUUGUUGCUGACACUCUGAAUCAUACCGUGAACUUAUAUACUGAACGUGGUGUCCUUUUGAAGGAAUUACUGUGUCCGACAGACGACACGGGCUGUAUUCAGGCAUGCGCUCUCGGACCGGAAGGACAUCUCAUAACUUCCGAAUACAGCAUAUUAGGACAGCAUUGUAUCAAAAUAUUCCGGUACCGACCGUGCACGUGUCACGCAACAAGACCUGGCUCCAGCAAAAGACGAACACCAACAACUCUAGUAUGACAGUAUAACAUUAGGACAAUACCAGAAUUGCAUUUUAUCACUGCUUUUUUUACUCUAAAUUGGUCAAAAACACUGAUAAGAUCUUAAGUUUAUCAAAGACGCCCGUGCUAUCCAAAAAAAGCUUAAAUAUACACAAAUAUACACUUAAUAUUUAAUGAAUUUGUACUAUGAACACUCCCCGUUUUUAAUGUGUAAUUGUACAGUGUUAUUUUAAGAGAUUUCAAUGUUUAAAAGCUUAAAAUUAACAGUCAACAGUUAAGUGCAUUGUAACCAAGUACAGACUAGGCUGACUUUAUAUCGAGGUCUUUUCGCAUGCACUCAAAAAAAAAGCAAAGGUACUUGACAAACUUCAUAGCAAUAUUACACUUUCAAAUGUUUGAUCCCAGUGAAGAUUCAAAGAAAUCCAAGUUAUAACUGUAAACAUGCAUUGAUAUAGAAAAUUUUGAACAUGAAAUUAUUACUCAAGUACAUGUACAUGUCUUUAUAGAAAGGCGGUCACCCGCAUUGCCAACUUGGUGUCAUUUAUGAUUUUUAAUUUUGUUAUUCUUUUAGUAAUAUAUACAUGUAUACGAUUAUUAUUGAAUUUAAGCAUGUAACGUGUGCAAAAACAUACCUCUUUUUGUAUAUAUUUCAUUUGACUACAGCUAAAUAUUUAUAUUGCAAUAUUUAGUCAUACUUAGUUUAUUUUUAUUACAAGAACAAUAAUAUUGAAUUACUUAAUAACUAAAUUUUCUGAAAAAAAAAACAAUAAUGGUGCUAUUGAGCACAUAAAAAACGUUAAACAUAGUAUUUAGACUCCUAGCAUUUGUAGAAUUGUGUUUUUAAUUGUGCUUUACAGUAUUAUA